CUCACUCCCAACGUCCGCCCGCGGCCCGGCCGUUACGGGCAGCACUCGCCCGAGUCCACGGGCCUGCGCGACAAUGUUCCGGACUGUGCGAUGCCGGGACGCCGAGGAAACCGACCGCGCUUACUGCAGGAGUGACCAGGAUAUCACCUUGUAGAAGUAAUGCCCACAGAAAGCGGGAGUUGUUCAACUGCUCGCCAAGCAAAACAGAAACGCAAAUCUCAUAGCCUUUCUAUACGAAGAACCAACAGCUCGGAGCAGGAGAGGACGGGUCUGCCAAGAGACAUGCUAGAGGGACAAGAUUCUAAACUGCCGUCCUCAGUUCGCAGUACACUUUUGGAACUGUUUGGUCAAAUAGAAAGAGAAUUUGAAAACCUUUAUAUUGAAAACUUAGAAUUGCGUAGAGAAAUUGAGACUCUCAAUGAGCGUUUAGCUGCUGAAGGACAAGUGAUUGAUGGGACAGAGCUGAGUAAGGGCCAACUGAAAACUAAAGCCAGUCACAGUACCAGCCAGCUUUCUCAGAAGCUGAAGACCACUUACAAGGCCUCCACCAGCAAGAUUGUCUCCAGCUUCAAGGCCACCACAUCGAGGGCUGUGUGCCAGCUAGUGAAGGAGUACAUCGGCCACAGGGAUGGCAUCUGGGAUGUCAGUGUGGCAAGGACACAGCCCGUGGUGCUGGGGACCGCAUCUGCUGAUCACACAGCUUUGCUGUGGAGCAUCGAGACAGGGAGGAGCCUCAUUAAGUACACUGGCCAUGUGGGGUCAGUAAAUUCUAUAAAAUUCCAUCCUUCAGAGCAGUUGGCUCUCACUGCUUCUGGAGAUCAGACUGCUCACAUUUGGAGAUACGUGGUUCAGCUGCCCACUCCCCAGCCUGUGGCUGACACUAGUCAGAUAUGUGGCGAGGAUGAAGUCGAGUGCUCUGAUAAGGAUGAGCCUGAUGUGGAUGGAGAUGUAUCCAGUGACUGUCCUACCAUCCGGGUGCCGUUGACUUCUCUUAAGAGUCACCAGGGAGUGGUCAUAGCUGCCGACUGGCUGGUUGGGGGGAAGCAGGCGGUGACGGCAUCCUGGGACCGAACAGCAAACCUCUAUGAUGUGGAGACAGCGGAGCUCGUUCACUCUCUCACAGGGCAUGACCAGGAACUCACGCACUGUUGCACACACCCCACCCAGCGGCUUGUGGUAACCUCCUCCCGUGACACGACAUUCCGUCUGUGGGAUUUCAGGGACCCGUCGAUCCACUCUGUGAAUGUUUUCCAGGGCCAUACAGACACCGUGACCUCUGCCGUGUUUACCGUGGGAGAUAACGUCGUUUCAGGCAGUGACGACCGCACUGUGAAGGUCUGGGAUUUGAAGAACAUGAGAUCCCCCAUUGCAACCAUUCGUACGGAUUCUGCCAUCAACAGGAUUAAUGUAUGUGUUGGCCAAAAAAUCAUCGCCCUCCCCCAUGACAACCGACAAGUAAGAUUGUUCGAUAUGUCUGGUGUGCGGCUGGCUCGGCUCCCCCGAAGCAGUCGGCAGGGCCACAGAAGAAUGGUGUGCUGCUCGGCGUGGAGCGAGGACCACCCCACAUGCAAUCUGUUCACCUGCGGGUUUGACAGGCAAGCCAUAGGCUGGAACAUCAACAUCCCUGCAUUGUUACAAGAGAAAUAAGGUGCCGGCAUUCCUUAGUUUCGUAGUUUGCCAUGGACCUGUGACUGGAGCAGGCUUUUCUCAUACAGAUCAGCCAUUUUUGUGAGAGCUGGACCCUAGCAGGGUGAUUUGUGUAUGUCCUUUUCACAUUGUACCCAGCUUGCAUGAAAUGUACAGAACUGUGGUUAUGUUUUUAUUCCGUCUUGUCUGUGCUGGCAUCCUCUGGUCAGUGGGAAUGAAGCCGCUCCCUGCAGCACGUGGCAUUUGACAGAUGACAGGAGGGCAUCAUACUUGUGUGAGUUCAAUGUGAACCUGUGUACUUACUGUGAGCGUAAGUCUGUGGCAUUUCUGGAAUAAUCCUACAUAUCUACCUUGUCCUGGGAGACUGCAGAGCUGUGUUUGCGUUGGCUGAUGAAUGUCAGGAUUGGUUAGAAAUUUUAUGUUUACUUUUGUGUGAAGUUGAAGCACGUGCUGUCGUGUAAAUUCAGCUUCAGCUCUUCAUUCUGUUACAGUUCUGUGAAAUUAACCUGGAUCUUAGAAGUUAAAAAAAUAGCAUCGGAUGUUGAGUUUGCAACAUUCAGGGUUUCUUUUGAAAAAAAAAAGUUUCUGUUUUUUGUAGAAAACCAUUUCAAUAUCCCGAGGUCUCAUAUUAGCAAAUUCUAAAAUAAGAUUCUAAUCACCAAUUUCAGAUUGUAAGCAAAAUUGAAAGCACUUUAGUUUAUAGCUAUGGUUAUAAACAGUUUUUAGAAAUUUCAGAUGACUUAUCCAUCGAAUGUGACUUGACCUUUUUAAGAAGGCUGUGCUACCUGAAGACAAAACAUUAUUUAUUUUCUACACCUUUGGUUUGCAUAUUUCUACAUGGCUUCACUUCUUUGGUGGUAUUUGAGAGCCAACAAUGCAAUGAGUACUACCUCAAAAAUGUUUGGAAAACUUGGGAGUCUCACUGUGCCUAGCUAACUAAGCACUUUGGCUUUUAGCUGGAAUACUGAGUUCAGUUCAGAAGGCAAGAAAGACAAAUCAGCAAACAUAUCCUGAAGACGAAAGGCGCUUCCAUUAGCUGCCAGGGCGUCAGCCGCAGCCAUAGUUCACAGGUGACAAGAUGCUCCUGUUUCAGCUGCCGAGACACCUCUCAGUGCCAACCCUCCCACUGCUGGAGCGGGCCUGUCACUCUUGCCUUCUUAGCAGUUACUGUGUCUGGUGUUUGUGAGUUCAUGUUAUUAUUGAGUUACAAUUUUGGUAAAGAGACAUCUCAGUGUAUUGCCCAUCAUAUUUUUUAAUCCUUUGAAUACGUCUACUUGGAGACUGGCCCCUUGGAGAGGUACAAGAGGGUAAUGUUACAAACGACCACGGGUGACUCCCGUUCCUUUUUCUCCUGUUUUGGGGUGACACGGGCUCUAGCACCAUUGAUGUAGUGCAGUGUGACAGUGUGCAGGCUGGCCUUGGGUGGGGCUCCCAUCUCAGGUCCUGUGGUAGCUAAUCUUUGAAACUUCAGUCCUGAUUCAUUGGUGAUUCUGAAAUGAUUUACAGAGCCUGAAGGGGAAGAGAGGCCAGGAAAAACCAGUAAUUAACAAUACAUAGUUGAGGUUGCUAACUAAAGAGCAAACAAGGAGUGUUUUAUAGCAACUUUAUUUUUAAAGCUUAAGACUUGGUUGUGUUUUUACAGUGUGACAUUUUCCCUGAGCACACUGUUUGGGAAUGAUGUCAGCUUGUCACUGUUGGGGCCUGAGCAUUAGGUUCUGACCCUGCUCUCCUGAGUGGUCUCGUGGUGAGAUGUCUGGUGGCCACUCCUCUACUGCACCACACUCCCAAAGGCAUGAGCACAAUGAGUUCCUAAAGAUAAGCUGCAUAACCACACUCUUGGGUUCCUCUUGUGUCUUAGAAUCACUGUUAGAAACAUUGAAAAAUGUAUACCAAUAGCUAAAUCAAACUUAAGAACCAGAUCUCUCCCAGAUUACAAAAUUUGAAGCUUUUAAAUAUAUAUUGUGAUAGCCAUUUAAUUCUGUGCAGACCGGCGCCCUUCAUGGCUGGCAGCUGCUCACCUUGCUGAGUGGAGGGGCCAGUCUCACUUGACUCCUUAAGGGCAAAAGGCCUCAUGGUGCUGGAGUGGGUUCCCAGGAGCAGAACAUGCUUCUGCUAGCUGCUGCGUGUCCUCUGAUGGGAUCCCUCCAGCUGCUCUGCUCACAGUGCUGGUGAUUUCAGGAGUCAUGAAGGAGAUUGGGGAUAGAGUGUGCGUGCAUGUGCUCGAAUGUGUGUUAUGUGUGUGACUGUGCGUGUGUGGCUGAAAUUGUUGUGAUCACCCACAAGUGAUCACAUCUGAAAGUGUUUGGAAAUGGGAAUUGUUUUGUCCUAUAUGCUGAUAUGUCCAGAAUUUCAUUUAAUGAUGCAUGGAGAAUGUGUGGUUAUUGAAAAAUGUGUAUUGAUAGAGAAUUUUAUACGAGAUACAUUGUUGGACAAAGCAACACUCUUUUUCAACCACUGUACAUCAGUUUCUGUAGAGUCAAAGAUUCUGUACAUAUUUUUCAAUCUGAAGAAUCUUAUGUAAAAUUAUUUGUUGCUUAAAUCUGUGAAAAACAAGUUUCUUUGGAGAAAGUAUGCAUUUGUAAGUGUUGUGUAGAGGCAAGUGUUUUUAUUGUAUUGAUGUUGUUUUUAAGUGUUCAGUGUCUUCAU